ACCCAUCCGCCUCCACACCGAUCUAGGGUUUUUCCUGCUAGGGUUUUUCCCUCCCGGCGGCGGCGGCGGCGCAAGAUGGGGGACAGGGUCGAGGGCACCGUCAAGUGGUUCAACGUCACCAAGGGCUUCGGCUUCAUCACCCCCUCCAAGGGCGGCGACGACAUCUUCGUGCACCAGUCCGCCGUCAAGGUCGUCGACGGCGGCUACCGCAGCCUCAACGAGAACGACGUCGUCGAGUACUCCGUCAUCGAGGAGAGCGACGGACGCGCCAAGGCCUCCGACGUCACCGCGCCUGGAGGUGCCGCGCUCGAGGGCGGCUCACGCCCGCCCAGCGACGGCGGGGGCCGCGGCGGAGGCGGCGGCUACGGUGGUGGCGGCUACGGCGGCGACCGUGGCGGCGGCGGCUACGGAGGCGGUGGUGGCUACGGAGGUGGCGGCGGCGGCGGCUACGGAGGCGGCGGUGGCGGCUACGGAGGCGGUGGCGGCGGCCGUGGGUGCUACAAGUGCGGCGAGGAGGGCCACAUCUCCAGGGACUGCCCCCAGGGCGGCGGCGGCGGCGGCGGUGGCUACGGGGGUGGCGGCGGCGGCCGUGGAUGCUACAAGUGCGGCGAGGAGGGCCACAUCUCCCGCGACUGUCCUCAGGGCGGAGGUGGCGGCGGCGGCGGCUACCGCGGCGGAGGUGGUGGCGGCGGCGGCAGCGGCCGUGGCUGCUACAAGUGCGGCGAGGAGGGCCACAUCUCGCGCGACUGCACCAGCAGGAACUACUAGGCGGCGACGCCUGCCACUGCUACCCGUCAGAUCUGACUGCCCUCCGCUCCCUUUCCUGCCUGCAGCAAGGCGUACCUAUCAUCAGUACUAGCUUUCGUAGUAGUAGUAGUUUCGUUCCUGCUCGUUAAUCUAUGCUUGUGGAAAUGCUUUGCUGGUCAUGGAGCUGGUGUGCUCGUGACUGCGGAGCACCCAGACUUUGCGAAGUUGAAAUGAAGGAGUGAGAAUCAUGGAUGAUUCACAAGUACUA